AUGUAUCAGACAGAGUAUGUCACUCCUUGGGUUCAGAUGCGGGCAAGAGACGAGAAUACUCUGAGAGCCGCCAAGUUUUACCCCGUGUUGGAACCGUUUGCACCGCGGUAUUCGAUCUCGUAUUUUAACAAUAAUAAAGAAGAUAGCACGAAAUCGGCGUACGAGCGUCUUCACAGCGCGGUGGAUUACGAUCCUGCCAAGCCACGCUGCGAUCGCACGAAACCUAGCCUUUAUUGGCUCGAGAUUUCGAAGGAGAACAAUUGUCACAAGGUUCCAAUGACUUCUAAUCACUGGUACGGUCGACCGAACAGAAUCCAAGUCGACUUCCCCGAGAAGAAAUUCAAUCGGUCGAGCAAAAUGCUGGAGUUCUACAGUCGGGCCGGUCUGAACCUAAUCAGCGAGGACGAACGGCGGGCCGAAGUCUGUUAG